UAGCUACUAAACUAAUACAAUUCAGUAUUUGGUAAAAAAGUUCUUCCAUCUAACUAACUUUCCCCAGACUGCUGGGAUUAAUCUGGAGGGUGAAGCAGGUCAAAGGUCAAAGGUUUAUAAUCAGGGAUGUUUCUUCCACAGUCUGAGGUUUAACCUCCAGUUGUGUCAGAACCGGGCCUGACGGGUCGGUGGGCUCCAGAACCCAGCUCCACUCAGACUCUGUAAUCCCUCGGUGAUCAGCUGAUCCGACUGUUUGCUGCAGGAAGCACCUCAGUGGUGCCGCCUGGUGGCAGACAGAACCGCCUGGCAGUACCAGCCGGGUCCGGUCCGGGGUGGAGUCUGUCUGGCUGCUGGUGUAGUAAACAAGCGCUCCCUGCAGCGCUCCUUAAUCCUCUGAUUCCUGUUGCUCCCUGAGAGUCUCAGAACCGGCUCCAUGGGUGGGUCUGUUCAUCCAGAACCCCCUCGGUUCUACCCUGUGGUUCUGAGUCACAGUCUGGUCCCGGCAGGUUCUGACCCGGUUGGUGGCACUGGACCAGACAGCUGCAGUGACUCACCGUCUGAACCAGUAAUUCUGGGUUUUCCUCUGUCAUUACUGGAGCCUCAGUUUCUGCUGCGUCAGCGUCCAGAACCGGGCCGGGCUCUGAUUCAGACCAGACUGUAUCUGCUGGUUCUGGCUCCCUGGCCCGGUCUACAGGUUCUGAUCCAGCCCAUCAGACUGAUCUGUGCCGACCCCAGACGCCUGCACUGACCUUUGAUCCCUGAUCUGCCUUUCAUAGUGUCAGAUUUGGGAAAUAAAACCAUUCCUUGAAUCCUCACUGGAAGCCUGAGCUGCUAGAGCUGAAGUAAAUCUCCUGGAUUGUUUUUAUUUUAAUGGUAAAACGACAAGCUGAUUUUUGGGGGUUUGUCCGGGAGUUUUCCUCGCCUGCGUCCUCCGGUCCGGAGGAGAUGGAUCCCUGGACCGGAGAACCAGGAAGUUGAUCUGGGCCGGGCCGCAGCAGAGGGAGGAGCAUGUCCUGGAAGAGGAACUACUUUGCAUCAGGAGGCGGCGGAGGCACACAGGGAGUGGUGGCGGCGCACACCAUGGCGUCCAUCGCUCCCAGUAAGGGGCUGAGCAACGAGCCGGGUCAGAACAGCUGCUUCCUGAACAGCGCCCUGCAGGUUCUGUGGCACCUGGAUAUCUUCCGUCGGAGUUUCCGUCAGCUCUCCUCCCAUAAGUGUCUGGAGGAUUCCUGCAUCUUCUGCGCCCUGAAGAACAUCUUUGCCCAGUUCCAGUUCAGCAGUGAGAAGGUUCUGCCGUCCGACGCGCUGCGCAGCGCGCUGGCCAAGAGCUUCCAGGACCAGCAGCGCUUCCAGCUGGGCGUCAUGGACGACGCCGCCGAGUGCUUCGAGAACAUCCUGAUGAGGAUCCACUUCCACAUCUCAGACGAGACCAAGGAGGACGUCUGCACCGCCAGACACUGCAUCCCGCACCAGAAGUUCGCCAUGACGCUGUUCGAGCAGUGUGUGUGCAGCAGCUGCGGAGCGUCGUCCGACCCGCUGCCCUUCAUCCAGAUGGUCCACUACAUCUCCACCACCUCGCUGUGCAACCAGGCGGUGAAGAUGCUGGAGUCCAGAGAGAAUCCGACGCCCAGCAUGUUCGGAGAGCUGCUGCGCAACGCCAGCAUGGGCGACCUGCGCACCUGCCCAAGCCGGUGCGGCCAGCAGCUCCGGAUCGCCCGGGUUCUGCUCAACAGCCCAGAGAUCGUCAGCAUCGGCCUGGUGUGGGACUCGGAGCACUCGGACCUGGCCGAGGACGUCAUCCACUCUCUGGGAACCCGCCUGCGACUCGGAGAUCUGUUCUACAGGGUGACGGAGGAGAAGGCCCGGCGGGCCGAGCUCUACCUGGUGGGCGUGGUCUGCUACUACGGCAAGCACUACUCCACCUUCUUCUUCCAGACCAAGAUCAGGAGGUGGAUGUACUUCGAUGACGCUCAUGUGAAGGAGAUCGGGCCCCGGUGGAAGGACGUGGUGUCGCGCUGCAUUAAGGGCCGCUACCAGCCGCUGCUGCUGCUGUACGCCGACCCGCGCGGGACGCCGGUGACCCUGCAGGACCUGCCGCCGCACCUCGACCUGCAGCGCCUCCACAGGGCCGGCUACGACAGCGAGGACUCUGGCCGUGAGCCGUCCAUCUCCAGCGACACUCGAACCGACUCGUCCACAGAGAGCUACUGUGGCCGCCAGUCCUCCCAGUCCUCCCAGUCCCACCAUGAGGCCGUGGCGAGUCGCUGCUCAUCCGAUUCCCAGGGAACGCUCGUCUGCAUGGAGCGACCCGACAGAACGCUGCAUGCCUCCCUCUGCAGCCUGGACGCCAUAGGCCGCGCGGCGGACGCCGAGCAGCCUCUGAGGAAAGGAGGCGGGGCCGCAGAAAGGAGGCGGAGCUCCAACUGGUCGCAGCGAAUCAAACCAGAACUCGAUCCGCCAUCGGCAGGUUACCACAGCGAUGGAGAAACCUUAAAGGAGAAGCAGGCUCCUCGGCACCUCCCCAAACCUUCAUCCUCCUCCUCAUCCUCAGCCGGUCGCCUCAGAGACUUUAAGGAGACGAUGACCAACAUGAUCCGCCCGCCGUCCUCCGAGCUCCUCCCUGCUGCAGACGCAGCUCUGAGCUCCUCCUCCGCUCCAGUCCAGGACUGGGAGGCCGACAGCACCAGCAGCGAGUCCAAAGCCAGCUCCUCAGGAGGAGCGGGGAGGUGCCGGCCGGCGUGGAGGCCGCGGAAGGAGACGCUCAACAUCGACGCCAUCUUCAUGCGCGAGCGGCGGAGGCAGGCGGGAUACAGCCCCCUGGGAGGAGGAGCCUGUGAGCCCGAUGGGGCCCACACCGCCUUCUUGGGCCAGGAGGAGGCGCCGUCCAUCAGAGCGGCCUUCUCCCGGACUCUCCCCAGCUCCUUCACAGGACGGCAGCUCCCUGCUCCUCCUGCUCCUCCCAGGCUGAUCCAGAGGAUGGAGAGCGGCUACGAGAGCAGCGACAGGAACAGCGGCAGCCCCGUCAGCCUGGACCUCAGCCUGGGAGACAGGGACAGUGGUGAGAAGAAGCCUUCCUCCUCCUCCUCAUCCUCAGGACCCUCAUGGAGGAACAUCAGGUCAAAGAGCAGCGGCGCUCUGCUGCAGGACCUCCACUCCUCCAGCAGGGGGAGCCUCGCGCCCCCCGCAGGCCGCAGCGAGCUGGACGAACUGCAGGAGGAGGUGCUGAGGAGAGCCAGGGAGGAGGAGCAGCAGCGGCGGCAGGAGAAGGAGAGGGAGGAGGCGCUGGGCUUCAACCCCAGACCCAGCAAGUACCUGGACCUGGACCAGCUGCAGAUCCAAGGUAAAGGCGACAGCUUUGACAGGUGUGUGAUGGAGGCGGAGCUCCUGCUGGACCAGUCGUUGCGCUUGGAGCCGGCAGGCGACGUUGCAGCGGCGCUGUCUGCAGUCAAUGAAGCUGUCUCCAAGCUGCGGCCGGCGGCGGCUGAGGGCGGAGCCUGUAGCCACAGCCGGCUGCAGCGCUGCAUGAGGAGAUGCCGCAGCCUGCAGCAGCGCAUGCAGCAGCUGCUGCUGCAGCAGUCAGAGGCAGUAAAACAGGAAGCAGAGCAGCAGGAGGAGCAGCAGACGCUGGAACAGCCCAGAUCAAAGCCUCUCCAGCUCCCAGUUCUUCUGACAGAGAAGCAGGGCGACCAAUCAGCUGCCGGACAAGACCACCAGGCUCCUCCCCCUUUCACCUGCCUUGUUAAGCCCCUCCCUCCUGCAUCAGGUUUGCCCUCUGACCCCGCCUCCAGCAGGAGCCCCUGCUCUGGCUUUGGGAAACCCCUCGGUAGCGCCAGGUCCCUCCCUGCUCUCGCUGUGGAAACCUACCUGGACGACGUGGCCCCGCCCCCUCCACCGGAAGAGGCGUGGCCUGAGCCGUCACAAGCACCGCCCCCUCAGUGGCCAUGUUCCCAAACUCCAUCACCUGCUGGAGGUAACAACAGGCAUCAUGAGGUGAAGGAGGAUCACUGCAGAAACAAACAGGCCACGCCCACAAACCUAGCCCCGCCCCCUUCCUCUUGCCCUACCAGGAAGUGGUCUUGUUUAACCCCGGAUCAGCUGGAUGUUGUGGAUUCUCCCUCAUGCUCCGCCCCCACUGCCCCACCUGUGGGCCGGCCAAUCAGGAGCUGCUCCCCACCAGCCAAUCAGGUUCUCAGAGCCGCCCUCCCUGUUCAACGCUGGGCCGAAAACGUCAACAGAUACUACAACUCCCAGCAUGCAGCAGCAGAGGGGGAGGAGUUAUCGGAGCUGGAGACGCUGUACCAGGCCAGCCUGCAGGCUCCCAGCAUGCCGCGGGGCAGCCGUGGCGUCAGCCCGCAGCCAGGGGGCAGCAGAGCAGCGGUGAGGAGAACGCCAUCCGGAUCCAGACGCUCCAAAACGCCGACGGCUGAAAUUGAGAGAAACGCCUACAGGAGACCGGUCUCACCUGGAGAGCAGCCCCCUGCAGGCGAAGACGAGAACUACAGCGCAGAGAACCUGCGACGCCUCGCUCGAAGUCUGAGCGGAACCGUCAUCGGGUCGAGACCGCAGAACCUCCAGCAGAACCUCCAGCAGAACCUCCAGUGCAGCUGUGUACGUCACACACAGGACCCCUCUGUGUCCAGGCCCCCCCUCAGACACUCAGACCUUCACUGCUCCUCUUCCUCCUUGGUCCUCCCCUCCUCCUUCCACCGACUCCACGGCCCUCCGGCUCCACGGCCCCCCCCCUCCUGGGGACGCUCGGGUUCUCCUUGGCACCAGGUUCUGGUUCUGUCCGACAGCGGUCCGACUCCCUCGGCUCUCCACGGCGUCGCCAUGAGUUACGCCACUCUUCCUCGCCGCGCCUGGCCGCCCUCCUCCUCCUCUUCCUCCCUCCCCAGGCCCAGACCUGGUUCUGCCGGUUCCAGUCCACAGAGUCUCUACGGCGCCCCGCCCGCCCCCCACCGCCAUCGUCAGGUGUCACUUCCUGUUGUUGCUCCACGGCGCCCCCGUGUGUCAGGAGACGUUCCUGCUCAGCCUCUGCGCCUCGACGUUCCCCCGGAGACGGACUGGCGGCGCCAUGUGGACCCGUGGGCCGCCCGGCGCCAGCAGCUUCCUGCCCGACCCGGCCGGCCUCUGUGGCCUGGUACCGUUUGGGCAGCAAACAGAGAGGGAGGCGUCAGCAGGUUCAUGGGGGUCAGAGGUCACGACCAGAACCAGAACCUGAGAGGAGACAGAAGAAGCUGAGCAGAUCCAGAACUUCCCUGAAGAACCAGAACAGAGCCGGAUCAGAACCAAAGCCAGCAGAACUCUUGGUCCAGAUGUGGACCCUGGUCUCCUACAGAACCUCCUCUGUUCUGCUGGACCCGUGUGGCUCCAGCUGAGCAGCAGGCGAAGAAAAGACUUCCUGUGUUCACCUGAACAGAACCUGGAUGUGGUUCUGCAGGUUCUGGUUCUGUUGGACUGCAGAGCUCAUCGGGUUUCCUCUGGGAUCUUCAGACUGAAGCUUCCUGUUUCCUCUGCGUUCUGAUUGGUUCUGCUCUUCAGAUCUCCAUCCAACGCUGAUGUCACUUCCUCUGUUCAACAUCCAGUUUUCUUCUUUAGGCGAUGGAGGAACUCAGACCGCUGACUCCACCCGGCUGGCGCUCCAGGUGGCAGAAACAAACCAACCAGCUUCAGAAACGUCUGGGUUAAAGUUCAGAAAGUUCUGCUUGUUUUUCUCCACCAAACAGACGAUUAAAAAGCUUCAACGAAACGAUUCAAGUCUCAUCAUUCAGCCUCGUCACAAGUUCUGGUUCGGUUGAUCCAGAAGGUUCUGGAUGAGUCCAGAAACCA